GGGAGCGCGCCGGCGGAGCGGACCCGCGCUGCUCAGGCGUAGCGUCCGUAGCUAGGUUCCGCCUCGCGCCUUCUCACUGCCGGGCCACAGUAAGGUUCCGGAGCCUGGGGGUCUAGACGAGGAGGCUCGAAUCCCCCUCUCGGCGGCUGCGCGCCUCCCUGCCAAUCGCCUUUCCCUUCCCAUCGCCUUUCCCUUCCCGAACUGAAAAGAUAUCCCCAACCCCAGUCCCUCCCUCCAGAAAGAACUUACCCCAACGCCCUCUGGGUGUGUCCCGACCCCUGAAGCCAGCCGCCCUUCAGAGGACAACAGAAGAGCUUCCCAGCGGGCGAGGGAAAGAGGGAAAGUAGCCAGCAUGUCGAACGCCAUGUAUAAUAAGAUGUGGCAUCAGACCCAGGAAGCCCUCAGUUCUUUGCUUGAUAAAGAACCUGAGAAGAUGAUGGAACCACAAAGAAAUCAAGUUUUCAUCUUCCAGAUGUUAGCCACCUUCUACAUAAAAUAUGUGCAGAUCUUUAGAAACCUGGAGAACGUCUAUGACCAGAUGGUCCAUCCACAGAAACGCAUACUGAUCCGAAAACUCCUGGACGGGGUGAUGGGUCGCAUCCUGGAGCUGAAGAAUGAGAUGGUUGAAUUGGAAUUAACCGAGUUUCAUUACUUGGAUGAUAUCUUACAGGAUCUAAAGUUGGUUCCUCAACAGUUAGAUAUCCCCAUACCGAAGUAUUUUCUGAAGGAGAGGUUGGAAGUAAUAAAAGGAAGAGAGAAAAUCCUUGCUCAACUAUUAGCCGACAGUGGAUUAGGCAUAACUGAAGAGAAAUACCCUGUAAAGCCUAUCCCCCUAGAAGAGGCUGUUAAAUUAAUCCAGGUCGCCGAGAGGGCGCGGCAAGGGCGCCUAAGAGCCAUGUUCAUGAAGCAGAUCUAUCUUCAAGAAUUCAGAGCAAUGCAAGCCAGGCUACUGGGCGAGAGAGUGGCCGACGUGGGGACUGCUGCACUGUGUAUCCAGAAGGUUUGGCGAGGUUUCCAUCAGUGCAAGAGAACUGAAAGAGAGAGAGAAGAGGAGAUGAUAUUCCUGGGUAUGAACCCGCCUCCUUUGUUUAAUGAAGUCAGUGCUGCAUUAAUCCAGGCUGACAGGGUGAGCCACCUGCGGGAUGAGGUGCAGGUAAAGCAUGAGGAAGAAUACAGAGAUGCCUUGGUUACAAUCAAGGAUGACUUGAAACUAAUAGAAGGUCCCGACAUCAAGGAGAACCUCCAAGAUGAGAUCCGGCGUUGGUUCAUCGAAUGCAGGAACUUAACGGGCACAUUUCCCAACUACCCUACAGAAGAAGAAGGAGGUUCCGCUAUUAUUUUUUCCAACAAGACACGACAACAGGUUAUCGAGGAUAUUAUUGCAAGCCAAGAAGAGGAGGAAAAAACCAAAAAGAAGAAAGGGGAAGAGAAACCCAAAAAAGGCAAAAAAGGAAAGGAAAAGAAAGAAACAAAGGAAAAAAAUAAGGACAAAGGUGAGGGCUGGCAGAUGUCGCCGAGUGUUUUCCUUCAUACGAUGCAAGAAGGAAACAACGUAUACAAAGACCUGUGGAAGAAUAAAGAUGAAUCGUGGAAUGUCCCCCAGGGCUAUGAUCCCGAACUGAUCAAAGCAGACAAACGGAAAGAAUUGGAGUCGGAGAUCAGGCUGCAGGUUGACGAGCUGAUGAGACAGGAACUAAAAAACUUAAAACUAGCUGUGAACAGAGAGAUGGAAUUAUCGGGCAAAACAGGAAGGAAGAAAGGAAGUAAAGAGAAAGACAAAAAAAGGAAAGUGGGGAAGAAGGAUAAAGACCCAACGGCUGACAGGACCAUCGAAUCUCUGUAUAAGGAACUAGUGGAAGAAGGCUUACUGAUCCAGGCUCUGAAAGUCAACCUCUCUGAUUACAUUGGUGACUACAGCUACCUGGGGAGUACUCUUCGCCAGAUGUCCACAGAACCCAUGCCUUCCCUCCUGGAUGUCCGACAGCUCAUCACGCUGUACGGGAUCCUGCCGCUAGGUUCUGAAGCAGUGCAUGAGAAAGCUCCUUUGGUGAAAUCCCUGCUCUUGGCUGGCCCAUCUGGGGUGGGGAAGAAGUUGCUGGUCCAUGCCAUCUGUACCGAAACGGGAGCCAACCUCUUCGACUUGUCCGCAGCCAACAUUGCCGGCAAAUACCCGGGCAAAAGUGGCCUCCAGAUGAUGCUGCAUAUGGUCCUCAAGGUGGCCCGCCAGCUCCAGCCCUCCGUGGUGUGGAUUGGAGACACCGAGAAAACCUUCUACAAAAAAGUCCCCAACGCCGAAAAGAAGAUGGAACCUAAGCGCCUGAAAAAACAGCUUCCCAAAAUCCUGAAGCUCCUGAAACCAGAUGACAGGAUUCUGAUUGUGGGGACAACACAGCGACCUUUUGACGCUGAACUUCAACCUCUUUGCAAAGUUUAUCAAAAAAUUAUUUUGGUUCCCAGACCAGACUAUGCUUCCAGAUAUGUUUUGUGGAAAGAAAUCAUUCAGCGCCACGGCGGAGUCAUCACCGGUGCCCUGAGUGUCAGUUGCUUGGCAAAGAUCACCGACGGCUUCACCCAGGGCCACAUCGUCCAGGUGGUGAAGGAGGUGCUCACGGAGCGCAGAAUCCGGCAGCAAACUCACAAGCCGCUCACCGCCCUCGAGUUCAUCCCGCCUCUCACCAGCAUGAGUCCCGUCUACCAAGAGGAAGAAGAGAGCUUUAAGGACUGGUACGCCAAGACCCCUAUGAGUAAAAAGCGAGCCUUGGCAUUAACAGGAGAUAACAAAGAAAACGAAAAGGACAAAGGAAAAGAGAAGGAGAAGAAAGGGAUAAAGGAGAAAAAGAAAAAGUAAUGCCUCUCUGAGGAGCCAGGGAUGGAGGUGGGCCCGACUCUCCAGGGGCAGAUUGACCAUUGCCUGUGUGAAGACCCACACUGAUGCCCGACGUCCGCCAGCCCUGCCCUCGCUCAGUUAGAUCUUCGUAGGCCGACCACCAAGUCAGUUGUGCAUAACAAGUGUUUCUAGAGCUUGUAAUUAUCUCUUAAUCUAUAUUAAAGUUUGUAUAUAAGCAAAACUCACUCUUCACACACUCCACAAUCUAUCCCAGUUGGACACUUCAUCUCGUCGGUACUAGUUGCUAAAUUUAAAUUUUGAUACUUAGAAAAUACCCUAAUCUGACAACUAGUAAAUUCAUUCAGUCAUCGGUGCUACUAGCUUUUUAUUAAUAAUCUUGCACAUAUCUUAAUAAAUUAAUUCUUUGCUCUAUUCAUGUAUUCUGUAUAAGGGAAUAGAAACUUUUUCUUGGACUGACUCAGUAAUUUGGUUGCUGGAGCUAAAAAAGAUCUUUUAAAUUAACGCUUUCAAUCUUCUGACUUUGAAGAUAGGGAAACUAAGGCCCAGGGCCACACAGCUAAUAUUUGGAACAUUGGGACUAUGUCAUUGCCUCUUAGUUCCCGGGUUCCUGCUCUUGGGAAACACUGGAGCAGCGGCAGGCCAAUGGCUAGAUGAAAACUACCACCCCAAAUGGGGUAAAAAUAGGAGAAGAGAAACUCUAAAUAAAGAAGUAAGAAAUUCUAAGAAAGAAAAAGAUUAAAGAAUAGAAAGGUGAGGGUCAAAAGAUAAAUUUCAAUUUUGUAAGAAUCUGAAAGUUUACUUGGCGGCAUAUUGUAAGUAACCCGCUUCUAAAUUGUGGUGAGAACACAAAGGAAGGAGACAAAUUGAGCUGCGAUAAAUUCACUGGAAUUUAAUUCAAAUUAACUACUGCGCAGUUUUUGGUUACACCACAGAAAGUUCUACAAUCUCCUAGUCCAUAGACCAAGCUAGAUCUCCAGGCUUUCCUGGGAUUUUCAGCGGGUUAGAUCUUUAAUGCCCAAAACUACCAGUGGUUCCCAGCUGUCUUCUGGCCACCAGCACAUACCCCUCAGCCUGUGUCUGUACAGGACAUAAACACAAAUUAGGACAGAAAGAGACAGCCCCAGGCUCCCGAGUUCUGCAUGUGCUCUGUACAAACUGGAAAGCCAUCCCUCAGAGUCUGUCUUCUUGAACAAACUCCACCUUCCCGGUGCCCCGCCGUAGAUUUGCCUUCUCAUACCAAAGGAACCCCAAUUUCUGCAGACUGUCUGCCUGCCCUCCCCUUACCCACCCCAGACUGUGUCUGGCCAAGGCUCAAAGUGGCCUGAGAGGUGGGCGGACUCCCCAUCCUAAGCUCAGAGAGCAGUGAAAUGUUCGUCUCUCCAAGGUGGCCCACGGAGACCCUUUCUUUCACAUGUCAUGGAAGCAGACUCUUGGUUUUGACCCAAGAUGAGAGCUCCAAGGCUCUAGGGUUUGGUGUUCAUUGCAAAAUAAUAGGAUCUGGAUUGUAAAGCAAUGAAAAUCAUGAUUGUAAAGGAAUAAGCGUUAUGAAAAUGUUAAUGGUGGACAACACCUUUUAACUUGGUCUGACUGUGAAAAACAAGCACACUUUUCAGAACUCAUACAAACCUGUGUAGGUAGAGCUUACUCAACAAUCACUAAUUAAUUUAUAAAAAAUGAAACAGACCCACAAACAUAGAAAACAAACUUACGGUUACCAAAGGGGGAGGUGGGAGGAUGUUAGGAGUUUGGGAUUAACAGAUACACACUACUGUAGCUGUAGCACAGGGAACUGACUGUAUUCAAUAUCUUGUAAUAACCCAUCAUGGGAAAGAAUCUGAAAAAGAAUAUAUAUAUAUAUCUGAAUCACUUCACUGUUCACCUGAAACUAACACAACAUUGUAAAUCAAGUAUACUUCAAUAGAAAAUUUAAAAAUUUAAAUGGCCACAUGUGGCUAGAGUGCCUAGCAUAUUGAACAGUGCAACUUUGGAGUAAUUUUGAGUCUUAAAAAUUGGCAAAAAUCGUCUACAUAUCGUCCCUACGGGCUCACUCUCUCAUAGCACAUUCACACUGAGACGUGAUCUCCACUGGCCGCUCUGUUUUCUCCCAAACUGUGACUCCCUGCCCUUUCCAGUGCUAGGUUUUCACUCUGUUUCACGUGGCUCCCAUCAGCCAGC